UUCCCAUACACAGGUGACCAUGGCCAGGGCCGUGGCGAUUGUGGGGGCAGGAGUCGCUGGUCUGGCCUCCAUCAAAUGCUGCCUGGAAGAGGGUCUGGAGCCCACCUGCUUCGAGAGGAGCGAUGAUCUUGGGGGCCUUUGGAGAUUCACCGAGCAUGUUGAAGAAGGCAGAGCAAGCCUCUACAAGUCUGUGGUAUCCAACAGCUGCAAGGAGAUGUCCUGCUACUCUGACUUCCCUUUCCCCGAGCACUACCCAAACUACGUGCCCAAUUCCUACUUCCUGGACUAUCUCAGAAUGUACGCAGACCACUUUGAUCUCCUACGGUGCAUCCGCUUUAAGACAAAAGUCUGCAGUGUAACCAAGAGUCCAGAUUUUUCUGUUACUGGCAAGUGGGAGGUGAUCACACAGCAGGAAGGGAAGCAAGAGUCGGCCACCUUUGAUGCUGUCAUGGUCUGCACUGGAUUUCUGACCAUACCGCAUCUGCCACUGGACUCCUUCCCAGGUAUAAAGAACUUUAAAGGUGAAUAUUUUCAUAGUCGACGAUAUAAACACCCUGACAUAUUUAAGGACAAGAGAGUUCUUGUGAUCGGGAUGGGAAACUCUGGCACUGACAUUGCCGUGGAGGCCAGUCAUGUGGCCAAAAAGGUCUAUCUCAGCACCACCGGUGGUGCCUGGGUCAUGAGCCGGGUCUUUGACUCAGGCUACCCGUGGGACAUGGUGUUCACGACGCGCUUCCAGAACCUCCUCAGAAACUCGCUCCCAACCUCACUGGUCACGAGACUGAUAGCAAGAAAGAUGAACAGCUGGUUCAACCAUGCCAACUAUGGGGUCAUCCCUAAAGACCGGACACAGCUGAGGGAGCCAGUACUCAACGAUGAGCUUCCUGGGCGCAUCAUCACAGGCAAAGUGCUCAUCCGACCCAGCAUCAGGGAAGUGAGGGCACACUCCGUCCUCUUCUGCGACAUGCCAGAGGAGGAGCCUGUGGACAUCAUUGUAUUGGCCACUGGCUACACCUUUGCUUUCCCCUUCCUGGAUGAGACUGUGGUAAAGGUGGAAGAGGGCCAGGCCUCCCUGUACAAGUAUAUCUUCCCAGCGCACCUGCCCAAGCCCACGUUGGCUGUCAUUGGCCUCAUCAAGCCUUUGGGCUCCAUGGUCCCCACCAUGGAGACUCAAGCACGCUGGGCUGUCCGCGUGCUCAAGGGUGUGAACAAGCUGCCACCAUCAGCUGUCAUGAUGGAGGAGGUGAGAGUAAGGAAACAGAACAAGCACACAGGGUUUGGCUUGCACUUCUGUCAAGCACUGCAAUCGGACUAUAUCCCUUACAUAGAUGAGCUCCUGGAUGCCAUUGGAGCCAAACCCAACCUGCUGGCCCUGCUGCUUACUGACCCGCGCCUGGCCUGGGCCCUCUUCUUUGGCCCCUUCACCCCCUACCAGUUCCGCCUGAUGGGGCCGGGGAAGUGGGCAGGUGCCAGGCAUGCCAUCCUGAGCCAGUGGGACAGGACGGUGAAGGUGACCAAAACCCGGGUGGUACAAGAGUCAACCUCAUCUGUGAUCAGCUUCCUUAAACUCAUUGGCUUCCUAGUGGUACUCAUGGCUGUAUUCCUGAUUUUCCUGUAAAACCCAAAAACUCAAAAAUUAGCUUAUGCAGAGGCACAGAGAGUAACCCAUUGGGCCUGGCUCCUCCACUGGAACAAAAUGUUCACAGAUAAAAACUCAAAUCUAAAGACUGAAGAGAGGUCAGAGUGAUUGUACAAUGGAGCAGACAUUGUCUUGCAUGUAACCAACCAAAGUUUGAUCUCCCCCAUCUCAUAGGGUCCUCCCACAACUUCCAGGAGUGAUCCCUAAAUACACACCUGGGAGUAAGUCCUGAGUAUCAUUAAGUGUGGGCCAAAAACAAAAACAA